AUGCCACUGCCGCGAGGCCCUCCGGCGGGAUGCAAAGUCACUCUGGCGGUGGUGGGCGACGUGCACAGCCAGUGGGACGCAGACGACGAGGCGGCCCUGGACUCCCUCGGCGCCGACGUGGCGGUGUUUGUGGGCGAUUUCGGGGAGGAGGAUGUGCAGAUGAUCCGCCGCAUCGCCGCGCUGCGCCACCCCAAGGCCGUGAUGCUAGGCAACCAUGACGCCUGGUGGGGCAUCGGCAGAGGGAGCUGCGGCAGUACCCCCGCCAUCGCGGCGCAGCUGGCGGCCCUGGGCGGCGAGCACAUCGGGUACAGCAGCAAGCGGUUCCCUGGGCUGGGCCUGACGCUGCUGGGGGCGCGCCCCUUCUCCAAGGGAGGCAAGCAGUGGAGCGACGUGGCGGACUUCUACGCCGAGCACUACGGCGUGGGCGGCCACCGCGACAGCGCCCUGCGCCUGCUGGACCGCGCUCUGGCGGCUGAGGAGGGCGACUGCAAGGUGGUGGUGGCGCACAACGGGCCCGCGGGGCUGGGCGGGCGGCGGCACAGCAUCUGCGGCGUGGACUGGACGGAGCCGGAGGCCGACUUUGGGGACCCCGACCUGCAGGAGGGUCUGGACAUGAUGUGCUGCCAGGGGGUGCACACCCCGCUGGUCCUCUUUGGCCACAUGCACAGCCAGCUGUCAGGCGGAGGCGACCGCAACAUGGUUGAGGUGGACCCCCGCAGCGGUACGGUAUACCUCAACGCAGCAGCGGUACCGCGGAUACGC